AGCCGUUUUGGCUCAAGUCGGCGGGACAACAGGAGACAGGAGGCCCGGAGCCUCGCCGCCGCAGUUCGAGUGCAGCCGCGGCAGGGACUCCGCGGCGCGAUGCCGCCGGCGUACGAGGCGGUCGCGGCCGCGCUGCCCAGCACGGACCAGGAGGAGCUUGACACUGACCAGGACGCCGACACGCGCGGCGCCCGCGCGCGGAGCUGGCGCGCCUGGGGCUCCGCGGCCCGGCUGCUGGGCGCAGGGCUGCUGGCCUCGGCGGCGCUGGCGCUGGCCGCGGCGCGCAGCCGCGGGCAGCGGCCGCAGCAGAGCGGGUCGUCCGUGAUGCAGGCGGCGGCCGUGGAGGACGGGCCGUUGGCAGGCGAGGUCGUCGCCGUCGUCGGGUCGGCGGACUCCCGCGCAGCGCGCAGGGGUGGGGACUGCGGGAAACGCCCCAGCGAGCCAGCUGGAGAGCGGAGGACGGCUGACAGUGGUCAACGCCAAUCCGGACGUCUUGCAGGAGGAGGGCACCUAUUUCGGGUUUUCCGCGCAGGACGCGGACGAGGUCUUCGGCACGAGCGACUGGAGCGGCCAGGUGUUCCACAUGUCAAACGGGGUGGUGACUGGGGACGUCGCGGUCUGGAGGGACGAGCAGUUCUGCCGCAUGAUGAGCUGCGGCCGUUGGCACCCCAGCACUCUGGCGGGACCCGGCAACUGGAGCGUCGGCGACCAGUUGGUGUUGAGGCCAGAGAGGUCUGCAGCGGGGCACGCUGCCACAUGGACGACUUUAAAAAGGAGGAAUGCAACCACGGGGAUGACCACAACCACUGGGAUGGCCACAACCACGGGGAUGGCCACAACCACAGGGAUGACCACUACAACGGUGUCUCCAGCUCCUCUUUUUGAGUUUUACAUGUACCGCGCCAACUCGGAAGACGCCACCAAGAGGUACUCCUUCGGGAACAUCAACACCGGCAAUCUCGACGGGGUCGUUUGGUAUCUCAUGAACGAGGUCGUAACCAUGUACACCGACGGGACACGAUGUCCGCGCAAGUUCAACAUAUCCCAGAUCAACCGCUAUAGAAUCCGAACACGGGCCACCAGUGAGAUCUACAAGGUUGGCAUGAACUUCGGCACCCGCUUCUCCUUCGACUUCGGGAACUGCAUGGGCCGGUGCUUCCCCGACAACAGGUGCAGCGGCCCUGACGAUUGCGAUUACCACUACGGCAAGUAUGGGUUCAACGUCGGGUGCAACAACUUCUUGGACCACUACCCCUUCCCCGACGGCGACACGCCAGCGCCAGGGGGGACCUGGUAUGCCCUGCCCGCGGAAGGCCGCUGCAGCGGCGAGCCGACAGGCGCGAAGGAUUGCACGUGGAGCUACGAGGACGCUGGGGUGGUGAGCCUCGAAGAGAUCGAGGCCACGAGCCCAUCGGGGCCCAACUGCUGCCCCGCCGACAGGUGCACAGGGUUCUGGGAGAAUCAGUUCGACGAGGUCACCACCAGCGGGCGGGUCCAGGCCAUCCAGAGCGCGUUCGCGGAGAGAUACCCGGACUUGCCGCAAGACUUCGGGCCUUCUCAGUGCGACUUCCGCAAAGACGCGUGGUACACCUCCGAGACAGACAUUUGGCCGCUUCGGGACCCGUGGGCGGAUGAGAACACGGCGGAAGAGGACGCGAAGCUCAUUGGUGGCGUCAGGGAUGGCGCGCAGAUCGGCUCGCAGGAGUGGCACGACGACUCAACGUAAGAGCCAGCUCCGAGUCCGACAGCCAAAGAGGUAAGUGCUAGUGCGUGUUAGGCUGGCCCUUGCUUCGUCCAGCCGCGAGCUGGGUUCCAGGCGCAUUUCAUAGAAGCUUGACGCGUGCAUUCCCGGACGCCGGUCAACUCCGCUGGAGGUGGUCAUGCUCCUUUGUAUUACAAGCGUCUUCCGAACAGCUAUCUUGCCACGAUGUAGCCGUCCAUCUCGCUGGAAAGCUAGAUGUUUUCAGUCUGGCUCCUGUCAGAAGCACUCGGUCGAGUGGGAUGGCGUAAGUUCCGGCCAUAGGCACGCUCGACAAGCAGGUGUGUGUAGCGUUAGGCUUACCCCUAAUACCAGUUUGGCAAAUGGGGGAGCGCGUAGGUCACCCACGCGAGAGAUUUCAUGAACUCUUCUGUCUCGCAGCCAAUGGGGGCAGAAGUAAGUCUUCACGGUCGCCUUUUCCUGUGUGCUCCGCUGCUCCCGUCCCCGUCC